AAGCAAUUUAUAAGCCCUAGACCAAGAGAAAACAAACACACAGUCACAGACUGACUUCGUUUCUAGAUAAUACAAACACACACAGAGAUGGCUACUGCUUCUUCUUGUUUAAUACUUUCCUCAAGAAUCCCUUUUUCUUCUUCUUCAUUAAAAUGUGUUUCAAUUCCAAGAUUACAUCACCAAAAUAACCUUUUUAAUAGAAAAUUCACUCUCCAUAAAAACAACACAUAUUUUUCCACUAAAAGAAACCACCCUAAAACCCUAAUUGUCAAAGCUGCCGAAUACAAAUUCCCAGACCCCAUUCCAGAAUUUGCUGAAGCUGAAACUGAGAAGUUUAGAAGUCAUCUUAUUGAGAAAUUGUCAAACAAGGAAGUUUUUGAAGAUUCUGUUGAUGAAGUUGUUGAUGUUUGUACUGAGAUAUUUGCAAAAUUUAUGAACGAGGAAUAUGGAGGUCCGGGAACACUCAUGGUUGAUCCUUUUUGGGAGAUGGCGGAUACGAUAAACGAGAGUGAAUUACCUGGAGGGCCACAAGCUGCUCGUGCUGCAGUUAAAUGGGCACAAGAUCAUGUUGACAAAGAUUGGAAGGAAUGGAACGGCAGUGAUUAGCAAAACAACCAUAGUCAUUUGCCGAUUGAUCAGACAGUUUUUGAUGGGUAUUUGAUUGAUUAAUAUGCUAUUGUGUAUCAUAUGUCAUACAACAAGUUAGAUUGAUCUUAAAGACGGCAGCAAAUGGAAACGAAACAAGGAAUGAAAGCAUCAUGUUUGUUCAUGGGAUGGAGUUUAUUAUUGUCAUAGGUAUUAGAUCAUUAUUUUCCUGUUGUAUGCCAUGGAACAAGCAUCUUGUGUAAUAGGUCAUGAUAUACUCUUGAAUCCUUCGUAUUCAACAAUUCUAUCUUGAAAAAUGAUAGAUAAGACGUAAAAUGUGCCUUAAAAAGGAGAAGACAUCUUUAGACGUUUUUAUUCUUCCAAA